AAUCAUUCAGUUUAUAUUAUGAAGUUAGCGAAGAAGUGGUGUUGAAUAAUUUUAAAUGUGCAUGUAUUAUUUUUUUUCGUUCUUAGUUGCGAAAUAUAUCGUUUCAGUUAGAAGUGAAUAAUAUAGUAUCUAAUUUCCUUGGAAUAACAGUUUCAAAACCUUCAUACUUUUGUCAUUAAAAGGUUAAAAAUAAAGUUUAAAAACCCAUAAAAAUGGAAAAUGGUACAGGAAACUCGACAAACUAUUUUAACCUUAAAGAAUUAAACCAUGCAACUCAUGCAUUGGACAGAAAUCAAAAGACAUAUUCUAAUGUCCUACAAUGUAUUGGUAAUACACCUUUAGUGAAACUUUCCAAGAUCCCAAAAGAAGAGGGCUUGGAAUGUGACAUUUAUGCAAAAUGUGAGUUCCUAAACCCAGGUGGGUCAGUGAAGGACAGAAUUGCCUAUAGAAUGUUUCUGGAAGCAGAAAAAAAAGGCAUACUAGUACCAGGGAAGUCUGUCAUCAUUGAACCCACAUCAGGAAAUACUGGAAUUGGUCUGGCUUUGGCCGCUGCUGUGCGAGGCUACAGGUGCAUCAUAGUGUUACCAGAAAAAAUGUCAGAUGAGAAAGUUAAUACAUUAAAGGCUUUGGGAGCGGAAAUCAUCAGAACUCCAACAGAAGCUCCAACAAUGUCACCGGAGAGUAAUGUUAUGGUAGCAAAAAGGUUAUCUAAAGAAAUCCCAAAUGCUGUUCUUCUAGACCAGUACAACAAUGUGUGCAACCCGUUGGCGCAUUACGACACCACAGCGGAGGAGAUCCUUUGGUCCAUGGACGAUGAUGUAGACAUGGUGGUGAUAGGGGCGGGCACGUGUGGAACGAUAUCCGGAGUUGCGCACAAAAUAAAGGAACGAUGUCCCAAAUGUGUGGUAGUGGGAGUGGACCCAUACGGCUCCAUACUGGCCCAACCUGAAGAAAUCAACGAAAGCGACGUGCAAAUGUAUGAGGUCGAAGGUGUAGGCUACGAUUUCUUACCCAAAGUAUUAGAUAGGUCGGUAAUUGAUAAAUGGAUCAAAACGGAAGACUCUACUUCGUUGCAAAUGUCUCGAAGGCUUAUAAAGGAAGAAGGACUUUUAUGCGGUGGCAGCAGUGGGGCAGCGAUGUGGGGCGCAAUGCAAGCGGCCAAGAGCCUGAAGGCGGGUCAACGUUGUGUGGUUAUAUUGCCCGACAACAUAAGGAACUAUAUGACAAAAUUCAUUUCCGACCAGUGGAUGGAGGCCCGCCAUUUCAAACCGCUGCCAGUUAAUGACAAAAUCUGGUGGUGGAACAAGCAACUAUCGGAGGAUAUAAUCAAGCCAUGCUCUUCAAUAUCUCCCGACUGCACCGUGGCUGAAGCACUCGCUCUGUUGCACAAGACUGGUGAUACACUUCUCGCUGUACUUAAUGAUCAAAAAUCGAUAAAAGGAGUAUUCACAACUGAUAACGCCCGACAACGUCUCGCCAACUUGUCGGCCUCAACUGGGGAGAGUCUUGACAAAUUCAUUGUGAAAAAGUAUUACAAAGUUAAUAUUGACAACAAACCAACACUGGGUGAAGUGUCCCGCAUCCUUGACAUAUCGCCUUAUGUUGUGGUAGUAAAGACAGAAGAAUAUAUUGAAAAGCCCUUGGGAACUAUAACUUCGGAGGAUCUCAUGCAUUACAUAACCACAAAUGGUAACCAUAUGAAUGGAAAUUGUAAAGCAUAAAUAUAUUUGAUGCUCAAAUAACUUCGACUGUCACAAACAAACUGGUGAUUUAUUGUAUUUUUGUUAGCUAGUUAAUGUAUUGUUAUUGUUCUGUGUCUACAUUUAUAUUUACUAAUAAAAUAUACAUAUAGUGGGUUAUUACUAACAUAGUAGGUAUCAUAAAUGAAAUAAUAAUUUUUAUUUACAUAUAAAAGUGUAAAUUUUCUAAACAGCAAA